AUGUUCUUGCAGAAAGCAAUUGAUCUAUCAGUACAGCAUUUUGGCAAGCUUGACUGUCUGGGAGGAGUAAAAGCACUUACCAAAGCUUUAGCAAUUGACGAAGCCAAGCACGGUGUAAGAGUAAACUCGCUUGCACCAGGUGCAGUUGACACGGUAUCUUUAAGAGAAAAAGUCCCUGCAGAACAACGAGAGUAUCUCGAAAAAUGUCAUACCUUAGGCAGACUUGCCCAACCCCGUGAGAUUGGUAAAGCAUGUCUGUUCCUGGCCGUAGAUGCUACUUUCACCACAGGGGAGGAACUCAUGUGCACUGGUGGCGCAGAAAUUGGAUAUGGCGUAAAGGAUCCAAAUUCGUUGUAUUAGGACGACUCACAUUUUACAGUGUUGUUUUUCAUUCACAAGUUAUAAAGUAUCUAAAAGACAAAGUCAUCCACAUAAUGCGACUUGUGCUUUCACUUUCAAUACAUCAUUAAUAUAUAUAGCAAUAGGCACCACGGAACGUUUGAGAUGGCAUUAUUGUGGUCCAUACUUUUUUGUAAUUAUAGGUAAUAAAUAAUAUACUUGUAUAACAAUAGUGGUUUAUAGUUAAUUGAAACUAACUAGUCCGAAGCCAGAGCAAAACAUCAUUCCUUGUGGUUUAAUUUACAGUG